GUUGUUUUAUACCCAUUCUCUCAUCAUUACUCACAAUUAUGAGUGUAAAGAUGAACUUGUAUUCCUACUACAACUCAUACUCUUUGGUUGGUUGAUUCCAUUAUUUAGAUCUGAAUGCAUAAUCAGCUUUGUUGGAAUUUUCAACGCUUCUUGAUCAAUCUCGAUCCCCUGGUUGAAACGGUAAAUGCAGCUUCAAAUUUGUAAAAGUUGAAGUGGGUAUUAGCCCAAGGAGAAAAAACAAAAAUUAUUCGUCCAGAAUUUGUUUGGUUUAGUGGAUUUGGGAUUGACAGAAAAGUAGAAGUAAAUGGUGUUUUGGGAAGGAUAUGUGAGUGAUGAAGCAAUGGGGACAGUUGCCCCGGUUGUUGUAUAUUGGUUGUAUGCUGGGUUUUAUCAACUCUUACCACCUUUGGAUAAGUACCGUUUACAUACUAGAAAAGAGGAGGAAGAGAAGAAUGCCGUGCCUUUCGUUUCAGUUGUUAGGGGUGUUCUAUUUCAACAGCUUGUUCAAGCAACUGUUGCUAAAUUGCUCUUUCUGUUGACAUCAACGGCAGAUGCAUCUGGGACCACAAUCCAGCCUUCAGUUCCUGUUCAACUUGCGCAAUUUAUUGUUGCAAUGCUUGUCAUGGAUGCAUGGCAGUACUUUGUUCACCGUUUCAUGCAUCAAAACAAAUUUCUGUACCGUCAUGUCCACUCCCAACAUCAUAGGCUGGUUGUUCCCUAUGCAAUUGGGGCCCUUUACAAUCACCCACUUGAGGGUCUCUUGCUCGAUACUUUUGGUGGUGCCAUCUCUUUCCUUGUCUCUGGAAUGACUGCACGAACAGCUGUAGUUUUCUUCUGUUUUGCUGUGAUUAAAACUGUGGAUGAUCAUUGUGGGCUAUGGUUGCCUGGUAAUAUUUUCCAUAUAUUUUUCUGGAAUAACUCUGCUUAUCAUGACAUCCAUCAUCAACUCCAAGGCACAAAGUAUAACUACUCUCAGCCGUUCUUCGCCAACUGGGAUAAGCUACUUGGAACUCAUAUGCCUUAUGAUCUUUUGAAGCGACCGGAGGGGGGUUUUGAGGUAAGGCUAAAGAAAGACUAGUCACAUUCUGUUGAUUUGUCUUGUGUAGUUAGAGGCUCUCGCUUCACACUGUAACAGUUUUUUCCUUGAGGUUGUGCCAUUCUUGAGAAGUUGAAUUUGUUUUGUUUGAGGCUUUAAGUUCUAGGGAUCCGGCAUGUCAUUGGGUUAUUUAUUUAUUUAUAGUUGCUUGACCAUGUUCUGUAUUGCAAUUGUUUCACCAACUAAUAUUUGCUUUAUGUUACCCGGUAUUUAAAUCUUCAUGUUGUGUAAUUUGUAUGGGACUAGCUGAUGAGCUGUUCAAGAGGGCUAGAAUUGGUGUAUAAGAUUAUUUUUAAGUACUGAUUUCGGGUUGCUCUUA